GGCCUGUAGAGGGUUAAGUUCUAAACGCAGCGUACGCAACGGUAAAUGACCAUUGCUUCAAUGUUUCAAGAUUAAGCACCCAGAAAUAAGCUACUGCAGACAGCAGGCAACGGUAAAUGGCAAAAGUUUGGCUCACAAUAUGUGAGACCGAAGAAAAACACACCCAACGGCCAGCGAUGGGUUAAGUUCUAAAAAGCUGCUGCAGGCAACGGUAAACGGCAAAAUCUAAAGCCCAGUAUUCAAGAUGGCCGAUCAGCAGCAGGAGCAGCACCAACGAGAACUGGAACCGGAGCAGACUCCCGCAAGCGGGUCACGCCAACGCCGUCGUUCGCCGCCGCCAAUGCCGUCGGACGAUGUGAUGCGCAAUACGAUAGCGCGCUGCUUGACGCAGAUAGUUGUGAACAUGCAAAAUGCGGACAUACAGCAAAAAUGUCGCGAGCUUUUGCAGGUUGAAGAUUUGGCUCAGGGCGCUCACAUCAAAAUUCUGGCUGGGCUGGAGCAGAUCGAUGAGCAGCGCGAGCAACGGGAACGGGCAGCCAACGAGCGCAAGCAGCGGCGUGCAAAUAAAUCAAUUUGAUAUACAAUAUGCAUUUAAUAAUAUGUACCUAUGUAUAUUAAAUAAACAUUUAAUAAUAGAA